AUGCCUAACGAGGACCUCCCGAUUGCGCUCCGGCGCACGCGUCGAAGCACAGGAAUGGCUACCGAUUCUCCAAGCGCAUCGUCGGUGUCGACACCACACAGGACAUCCAAGAGGAAAGUCCGCUUCUCAGAUCCAGGCCCAGUGUCAACUCCUCGAACUGCCUCCCGCACUGCCUCAUCUACCGGCCUGACGCCGAUGAUCCGUCGCACAACCCUGAACAAGGGAACCCCGAGUAGCAGUGGCGCCCGCCGUCACUCCGCCCCCGUGUCCCGUGCCCCCUCCGGCAGCGGUACGGGCACCACGUCAGACCUCCCGUACAGCGGCGAAGUUCACUUCCUCCCGCUUCGUCAGGUCCUUGACGGUCGCGUCCAACGCCGCAUCCGGCGCAAUGGUCUCAGCGAAGAGAUGAAUUCCAUCGCUGCCGAGAAACGCCGGCGCGCGCAGGGGACCAAGGCCGAGAUUGACAGGCUCAAGACGCAACUCAAGGAGAAGGACGCCGAGAUUUAUGAGUUGCAAAAUGCCACCAUCAUCCUAGACACGGACCGAAUCUGGGCCCUUGAGCGAGAGGUGGAGAGUCUGAAGGAAGAGCUCUCUAGUCGGUCCGGUGUACAGGGGAAGAGCUGUCACGAUUGGACUCUUGCGGCACGAGGCCCCUAUAUGGACGAUUACAUGGAAACAGACACCGUCGAAGCGGAGUCGGUUGCUGGAGACAGGAUGCUGGCUGACGACACGGCAUUUGGGGAUGCGACCAUGGCGGAGUUCGUGUGCAGUACGCCUACAAGGGUGAGAUCUUCGUUUCUCACGCCGCCACCAACGAGCCCCGUAAUGCAAGGCCCGAUGACGCCGUCUUCUUCCCACCGAGAAUCAGCAGAACCUCAUCCCCUAUCCCACGCCGCUGUCCAGGCCUGCUUUCCCGAUCCCGAGAAGGAGAUACUGCAGGAGGAACUCUCAUCUCUUCGUCUCGAGAUGUCAAAACUCACCAACACUCUUGAAUCCUACACCUCGCUCACAACACGGUUAUCGGACCGCCUAUCCGCCUUCAAACCCUCCGACUAUACGAAUGACGCAGCUGAACCCCUGCAAACAGUCGAAGAUCAGAUCAACGCCCUCCUCCAAACAGUAUCGGACCGCACCGCCGCUCUUCUGGAGCUCAACAACUCCAUCAGCAACCUGGGCUUCCCAGGAUCAGACGCGAGCGAGAUGAUCACUUCUCUUGCUUCCUCGCUGCGUACGGCGCGGCUAGAACUCGAGUACCUCACACCCGGCGAGAUAACGCUGCCCCUCUCAUCCCACGGCGCAGAAGUCCUGGACCUCCUUCUCACCCGCCUCCGCGACCUCGCCAGACGGGCCCGGGAGGACGAGGGUGCCAUCGACGAGUACCACCAACUAGAGCUUUCCCUCCGCCAACAGCUCGGUGCACGCGUAGCGGCGAUGAACGACCUCAACGACGAGCUCUCUCGUGCCAAAGCACAACUCGCCGAGAGAGACGCCACGGUGAAGGAGCUCGAGGUCAGCGUCGACAGGCUCAAGGGCGCCGUGAACGGCUACAUACGCGACGUGACGGAGCUCGAGUCCGUCAUCGGCAAGAUGGAAGGCGAGAACCGCGACGCCCUGGCCACCAAGAAUGCCCAGAUCGAAGUCGGGCGCCGCGUGCUGAGGAGCAAAGAAGACAUGAUCGCGCAGCUGGAGGGCAACCUCGCCGACGCCGUGGCUCAGACCAAGUCUCUCCGGAAGAGGCUUGAGGAAAGCGAGGAGAGCAAGACCAAGGAGGUCGCCUCGUUGAAUCGACGCAGCGGGCAAGCUCUCGCGCUGCGCGACGCGCGGGUUGCGGAGUUGAGGGAAGAGAUCGAGCGGGUCAACGAGAACCUGCGAGCUGCGUACGAAGGCAUCAAAGAUUUGAGGGUGGAGAAGAAGGGUCUGCAGGGGAAACUGGCUGAGGAGAAGGCCGGGGCGAAGAGGGUCAUUGACCAGAUGAAGGCGGAGUUGGAGAGAGUUGUCAGCAUGAGUACGGAGUUCUUGACGGGACCAGAGGACGGGUCGACAACCCCGAUGGGAACACCCCCGAAAACCAUGGCCGGGACGCCGAAGAAGGGUAAGGCCGUUGAGGUUGCAUCCGCAGGCUUGCCAAAGUCACCGCUGGCGGAUGGGACCGUGGUGAAGAGGGGACUUCUUUCCGGAGAUCUCGUGAGAAGGGUUUCUGGGAGGAAAAGAAGAAGAUACGAUAGCGGUCUCGGAUUCUUAGACGAGGACGAGGUUGAUGCUUAA